GGUUAGCAGCUAAUGCUAGAAAGGUUAUCACCAGCUCCAAACGCGUUUUUAACUAAACUCAACAGAUAGGUGGCAUUAAUUUGACACAUUGUUUGAACAUACUGAGCCUGAAAAUGACAGAGACGUAGAAACAUUGCCAAGUCUUUUUAAUAAACUUCAGUCGAGCGAUUACUUUUUACCUGAGGGAAAAAUCAAUGCUGAGGUUGUACAUUUGAGAGAUGGGCUCUGAAAACCCAGAGGACUUUGAGCCAGCUGUGAUCCUGGCUGAGGAUGAUCAGCAAGAAAUCGGAGGCCUGAUCAACUCUGAUGGAGAAGAAGUGGAUUUCUCAGACCUCAGAGAGAGUGCUAUCCCUGGCAUUGUACAUGCAGAGGCUCCCUCCAAGACAUUUGAUCAAAGUGAGAAUGAAAAACCGCCGUCUCUUCACAGCUGCUCAGUGUGUGGGAAAGACUUCCCUUACGCCUCUAAACUUCAGCGCCACCUACGCACUCACUCGGGAGAGAGGCCUUUCCCCUGCUCCAUGUGUGAGAAGAGAUUUCCAGAAAAGGGGCUGCUCAUGAUCCAUGAAAGGGUCCACACUGGGGAAAAGCCGUUCCCAUGCACUUUCUGCGAAAAAAGAUUUGCCAGUCAGGGUGAGCUCAGGCUGCACCGACGGACACACACAGGCGAGAGGCCGUAUCACUGCUCCAUCUGCCUGAAGAGCUUUUCCCGACACUGGCAUCUGAAAACUCACUUAGAGGCGAUGCACUCUGAGGUUGUCGCAGGCUUUACGAGGAAGAAGUUUCCAUGUUCGGACUGUGAAAAGAGCUGUAACUCAGCAGCUGAGCUGAGAGAUCAUCAGAGGACUCACACUGGAGAGAGGCCUUAUCAGUGCUCUUUCUGUGACAAAAGAUUUGCCCUGUCGGGAACACUUGUAAGACAUGAGCGUCUCCAUACAGGCAUUACGCCCUACCACUGCUCCGACUGUGGUAAGACAUUUGCACAGCAGUGGACUCUGACGACACACAUGCGGACUCACACGGGAGAAAAACCCUACAGCUGCACACAGUGUGAUAAGUCUUUUGUAGCUCCGGGAGAGCUUCGGAGGCACACCAGGAUUCACACAGGAGAAAAGCCGUACACUUGCAAGGACUGUGGGAGGCACUUCUCACUGGCAGGAACUCUCAGAAACCACAAAAGAUCAUGUACACAGAACAAGAAUGGAUCGGUUACAGGUGUCAUCUUAAACCCAGUUCAAGCUGCAGGUGGUGAAUCAUCCCAGCAGGACCUGGUCAACAACAUCAGCUCUGAGGUGUCAGACAGUCAGAGUUUGCUCAGUGCAGUUGAGCCCCAUUCCUCAGAAGGUCUUGACAAAACAGCUCAGUGUGAAAGUAACCUACAAGAACCAGAAGACCACCCGGAGGAUGUCGCUUCCAGUCCGCAUAUGAAUGUAAUAGUGAAAGAGGAGGAAGAAGAGGAGCCUUUGUGUGUAGAAGAAGCUCCUGACCAGGUGUCUGGUAGUGAGGAUUGCACCAUGCAGGAGGACACUGAAGAGCAGCAGCAGGAAAGCAACACAGAAAUUAGGAUUACAGUAAAGGAGGAAGAAGAGGAACUUGUGAACAUGUCUGGAGAGGAUCCUGAUCAUGUUUCCGACAGUGAUAAAAACAGCCCUCCAGCGUCACCAGGGCAGGAACAGUGUAACGACAAACUGACAAAGAGCUCUUACUGCUGUGGGCUCUGUGGAAGAGACUGUCACAAGAUGUCUGCUCUUCAGAUUCACAUGCGAAUUCACUCGGGAGAGAAACCUUACCAAUGCACUUUGUGUGGGAAGCAGUUCACCCAGAAAGGGCAACUCAAAGGUCAUCAGAAAGUCCACACUGGAGAGAAACCGUUCUCCUGCCCAGACUGUGGGAAGAGCUUUGCCCACUCGGGGGCCAUGAACAGACACCGGCUCACACACACGGGAGAGAGGCCCUACCACUGUUCUGUGUGCGACAGGAGCUUUAAUCAGUCGGGCCGCUUGAGGGAACAUGAGAAAAUCCACUUUGGGGAGAAGUUUGACUGUCCCGAGUGCGAAAAGAGUUUUACACGAGCUUCAAGCCUCAAAAACCAUUUCAGGCUUCACACGGGAGAGAGGCCAUAUGGCUGCGACAUCUGUGGGAGAGGCUUCAGCCGCUCACAAAGCCUGAGGCUCCACAAACGGAAACAUGAGCAGAUUUUCCCUGAGGAUGUGUCUGCAUUCAGUGUGAAGAACAAUGAUUUAUCACAGAGUGACGAUAACUCUCCAAUUAAUAUGUGUAUAGCAGACCAAAAUGACUGACAAUGUAUUUAUAUAAACCAUAGAGAUAUGUACCAGUAGUAGUAUAACGAGACAAGAUUUUAGGCAGUAAAACAUGAACUGAGAGAGGGGAAAGUAAGGGACUACCUCUGUGAAUAGGCUGUCAUUAAAACUUUAUGUGGUGGUUCACAAAAAAAAGUAUUAAAGCUGAAAUAUUUAACUCCCUUAAAUUAAUACACAGACACGUGUCAGGUGAUGUUCAGCAACUAACAACGCAGUUUCAGACAAAAUGACCAAACACUUCUUUCAUAAAAUCUUGGGAACUGUUCAGAUGAUAAAUUUUAGAGCUCAUAUUUACUCUCUUUUAUCACUCUCACCUAUGUUAGUUGCAUCAAAAUAUCGCACUCACAUUUAGACUAUUUAUUGUAGUACAAAUGACUCAUUUAAGGUCUGUGAUUUCACACUUCUCCAUGCAGUGUUUGUCAUUCAGACUAAUCUUGUAUGUGGAAAUGGGAUUGAAGCGUAAUUAUGUUCUUGUAUCGAUGUUACGAUGGCCAGUGAGCAGUUCACGAAUCAGGUGAAACUGGAAUUCAUUCUUUGGGUUUGAGCUACUGAAAUGUCAGAAUGAAAAACCAGUAAUGAAACAAUGAGAUUGUGAUAAUCAUCUUUUUUUUGUUGUUGUUUUUGCCAAAACCACUUUGCCUUAGUGGCAAUCAGUCUUUAUCUCUGUUUGUGUUAUUCAACAACCAGAUUUUGAAUCAGGUUCACCUGGUUUGAACAGCUCUUAAAGGCCAAGUAACUAUUGUGAAUAAGGUCAUCCUAUAAGGCUGUGAUACAAAAGGCAAUAAUUUGAAGCCAUGUAGAUGGUAAAUUUUGCCCAGUGCUGCCUCUGUCUAAUUGUAUGAGACAUGGUAUACUGAACAAUAAAAGUAAAAGUACUAAA